AUGCAACUGCUCCAAACGCUUCAUCCCCACCCCCAGGGCCAGCCACAGACGCCAAGACUCCACCAACGACCCCCUUUGGAUCCCCUCUCCUCCUACGACCUCCUAUCAACUCAGGAGGCCGCCAGACAACCCCCAAACACGCCAUGCCCACACCCUCCGCCCCCAGUACCCUCUCCCCUCAGUCCAGCCCACCCUUCCCUUGCUCCCCGGCCGUGA